GUCAGUUCUAGUUGAACCAAACCUACCACGCUCUGGUUUAGUACACCAUAACGGGCGCCUUGCAGAUUAAAGAUAAAGGAGUGGCAUCCAAUGGCAGCUAUCCACGUUACUCAUUACCCUUAUAUUUCCAAUUUAUACAAGACAUUUAGCUGGCAAUCCUUUCGCAGUGCUUCUCACGACCAUUUCCUUCAUUUGCCAUGUCUAGUCAACCCGCAAUAUCACCAAAGUUUCUAGAACGCUGGAAAGAUGUUCAUAAUGCUGUCACCACAUUCUCCCAAGUUGCAAAGUCGUUAAAUGAGGUCGAAGAGGUUAUGAUCGAGAGGAGAACACUGGGUGAUCAAGUAAAGCGGCUGGAGACGGAAAGGUCCGAGAGUGCUGGGGAGGUCGCCUCUCUUAAAACAACACAUACCGUCCUGAUCCAGCAAUUUGAGUUAAGGUACAAUAGCUGGGAGCUUGAACGCAAGGAAUUACGAGAGCAAUACGAAGACGGGAAGCGAAAAGGCCAGCAAGAGCUUGAUGAUAUUAAAAGAGAAUUAGCUGCAAGGGAAGGCCAGCUUCGAACCGCGCAGUCUAGUAUAGUAGAGAAGGAUGUAAAAAUUCUAGGUUUGGAGAGGAGCCUACAUGAGGCACUGAACGAACUACGAGAUAUUAGAGGCGCUAUCGGGUUAAUAGAUCUGGACGAGAGUUUGUCAGUAUCGGACUCCCACGAUAUGCGCAUUUACUAACGUUAGGGGUUGGCAGUUCCGGCCAACUUUCGGAGAUAUCGAGCACGCUGCGGGCGAUAGCGC